AAUAGCGGCUGUGAUGCCUUUUACGCAUGUUUGUUUAACUGCUUUUCAAUCCAUGCAUCUUCUUUUGGAGCGAAAUUUAAUUCAAUGGAUUUAACAAAGACAUGGAAAUUAGUGCAUUUAUUCACAAACUUUACAAACACCUGGGAUUGAUCUGUCUGUUAGUUGUUUUAAAAGUUUCAGGUGAGCUGUUUCAAAGGCAUCGUCAAACAACAUUUACACCUGAACAGAACAAGCACGUGACAGUGUAUAAAGGAGAAACAGCUGUACUUACAUGUAGAAUUCAAAAUUUGGGCCCAAAGACAGUAGCUUGGCGCAAGGUUUCGGAAGACUUCCCAAUAUCCGUUGGCAGAAUGAUGUAUGCUCCAAAUGAUGAAAUGAGCAUAGAUUAUAAGCAGGAUGGUCAAAUGACUUAUGUAAAUUUAGUAAUAAAAAAGACACUCCCAUCCCAUUCCGGAAAAUAUGAAUGUCAACUAAUUUCAUCGGAAAUUAAGCUUCAACACGUGUCUCUAACUGUUCUUAAGAAACGGCCUGUGUUUAAGGAGUCUAUACAUCUUGGCGGAUCAGAGUACCUAAGUCCAAAACAACGACUAAACUUAACUUGUAAUGCUACUGGCUCAAGCCGUGCCCCCGAAUUUAUAGACUGGUUUCAUAACGGGAAUCUCAUCGAUGAGCGAAAAAAACCUUGGAGAAACAGAGCACAGAUUUUUAAUUUUAAACCAGAGGUUCCUGGACGUUCACUUAUUAGUCAACUGACAAUUGAACAUGUUCUAAUUGAAGAUGCCGGUGUAUACGUUUGUCGUAGUAUGACCCCUAGUGUCAACAGUGGUGUUGAUACAACAAGCCUCAAUGUACAUAUUUUAAAUGCAGAAAAAGAUCACAUGAAGAAAAGAGAAGGUGGAGGACAUACGAAGGUAGCAAAUGAACUGAUGAAAGGCCAUAGGAACAGGACAAUCCGAAUACAAGGAUGCUACUAUGUAGUGUUACUCGCUAUAAUAUUUCAGAUAUUUAGCUGACGUAUUUAAACAGGAUAAACAGUUUUGUGCCUUAUGAGGGAAGUUUUUUAAAACAUGUGUUUUGUGGUGAAAAAUGAAAACAAUUUGCUAAUUGAAGUUUUGUUUUAGAGCCAUUAUAUAACAAAACAAAGCAGAAAAUAAAUCGCGCGCAUUUGUGAGGACCAGGUUUGGAAUUGUUUGAAUACGACCAUUCGUAAUACGUUAUUUAUCUGUCGAGUUCUGUUUAUUUCUACUGUUAUAGCAUUCCAUUAAUAGAAAUGAUUGUCAGGAUUCGUAGAUUACAUUGUAAUUGGUGAUUGGAUCAAUAUGCUAUAUUUUGUACUUCAAACGAAAGGAGUUUUCAAAGCAAUUUUCUGCUGUCAAUGUUUAUAUUUUUAAGUUGAUUAUUUGAUAAUGUUUUUAUACAUACAAUAAAAAUUAAACAUUGAUAGAAGCUGUAUCUACUUUAAAUGGAAUGCAUUGACAGGUACCAUUGACGUUUCUUUAAACUGUUCAGCGUUUGUAAAUAAAAAAAGACAUUUCAAAGGAUGUUGUUUUCUAUAAGUGUAUUUCAGUUCUGUAAGGUUAAAUCGAUCAUUUUUAAGAGAAAGAUAGUCAUCAGAAUUAUGCAUAGAGCUGCUUUUAAUGAAUACGUUUGUUAAAAACUAAAUUGGAAUGGAAGUUUCUGGUUUUGACUAAACUCUUAGUAACGUAUAGUAUCCAUUUUGUAUAUAUAUUUGAGAAUCAUUGAUAAACAAAAAUAUUUUUUUUCAUAACAUCUUAUCAUGUCAGUACAUUAAGUUUAAUGUUAAAAAAAAGCCUACAAAUUUUACAUGUAACUAAAAAAGAUAACAAUUUCAUUAAGAACCAGAACACAACUGUUUCGUUCGUAUACUCUGUUAAUUUAAUUUUCACAAUUAAUUUUAUACCUCGAUUUUGGUCAAAUGUAAUUUUAUAAUGCAGAUAUAUUUUGGUUAACUAUUUGAACAGUACAUCAUAAUGAUGAAAUAAGGGACCUAUGUAUACAUUAACAUUACUUGUUGAGAAGGGUUUGGGAAACAAACUAAGAAUUAAGACAAGUCCCAAGUUGUGAGACAUACCCCUUAGUUUAAGAAAUAUUGGACUAAAUGAUCCCUGUUUUUCCUCAUUCAAACAAUCAAUAUGUAUAAAAGAGAUACGAUAUCUUGAGCAGGGUAUGAAAUCAGCAGGGGUCCACAGGUUAUUGACCCCUAAAAUUUGGUGUGGGCUACUUAAAUUUCUGCUUUUAUGGUAUAGGACUAUAUAUAUGGGGGCUACACAAUUUAAGCUGUGGGCUACCGUUGCCAAAGUCUCAAGUGCUAUCCCUGAAGCGCUCAUAUCCUAAACCAGUAAUCAUGCAUUGUAUUUCCAUACUGUUACUUCUUACUAUUGGGUUUAUUGUAAGUUAUAUAAUAUUACUAUCAUAAUUUUACAUAUAACAAAAUAUUAAACAGAUAU